AUGAAUGUUAAAUGGCAUCUGAGAAACUUUGAAAUCGUCUCCGAAGAGAAAGGAGCUGUUGUUUUGUUAAAUCAUCAAUCUUCAAUUGACUUAUUAUGCUUGGGUAAUUUAUGGCUAUCUUUGGGUAAAGCAGUGUGUGUUUCUAAAAAAGAAAUAAUAUAUUACUUUCCAUUCGGGUUGGCCAUGUACUUGACGGAUACUAUUUUCAUAGACAGAAAGAACCCCAAGGAUGCGCAUAAGGUUUUACAGAUGAAAGCCAAAAAAAAACUCGAGAAUAAGACAAAAAUAGUUAUCUUUCCCGAAGGUAGAAGAUGUAAAGAUUUCACAAAACUAUUGCCAUUUAAGAAAGGCGCUUUUAACAUAGCCGUGGAAGCUCAAGUUCCCAUAAUUCCAAUUGUGAUUUCGCGGUAUUAUUUUAAAAAUGACAAAGAGCAUAUUUUAAACGGAGGCCAUGUCAUAGCGCAAUGUCUGGAGCCAGUGUCGACCGAGGGCUUGACGAUGGAUGAUGUGCCGGAACUUAUAAAUAGGGUUCACAGUAAUAUGGAGAGAGUUUUUAAGGAAUUGUCUAAGGAGGUAGUAAGCUCUUUGCCUCCAGACUACCCGCUGGAAAAACUGAACUGA